CUCUCUCUCCUCUUUCACUUCUCUCAUACAUCUGAUAAGAAGAUUGCUGGACUUUGUGAUAGAAUCGUGAUAUGACGUUUGUUUCACGUGUGCUCGGAUAUGAAUCAGAAGGAAAAACGUGAUUCUUCAUGUUUCUUCUCUGUUCUUAAAUAAUCCCCAGGAUUGAUUUUUGGGUGAAAGAAUUUAAUCAGUUAAAUGCAGAAGUAUCCAGCCAACUUGUACUCAAGGAGAAAUAUAUAAAGGAUUUGAAAAUUGGCAUGAGAUCCUCUGAAGAAGCAUGGACACAUUCACGCUUGCAGCUGUCCUGCUUUUCUUCACAGUGGGUGCAAGUGCUCAGGUGCUGGAACCUCUUAAUGAGACAGUGCUCCAAAACACUGACGCCAGGUUUAACUGCAGUGUGAAGACACCCGGCUGGACUGCCAUGAGCUGGACAGUGAAUGGACGCUUAGCCCUCAUUAUUUCAGAGCUAACAGGCCCACUUGGUACUAACGCCAGUUACUCUGCCACAAACUACUCCACAGUGGGGGAAUACAAAUGGGAGUUUGUGAUGAAGGCCGUCACAGCAGCCAGUGCUGGAUCAGUGGGAUGUCAGGUGCAGAACAACCUGCUUGUCUCUGCUACACUGAAUGUCCAGCAGAAUGGCACAGUGGCAAUUACAGGGUCAAACCGUACAGCCACUGAAGGAGAUCAGGUCACGUUCCUGUGUAUCACAAGAAGCUGGUUACCUGAACCUCAGAUUUCCUGGGCUGUAAAUGGCACAAAGGUGGAUAACGGGCUUUAUACCGUGAUCUCAGAGGCAAACGGGACUCUCAUGAACUCCAACAGCAAUUUCACAAUCACCGCCAAGGCAAAUGUUUCUGUGGACUGUCUGGCGUCGAUAUCUACUCUCCCUUCUCCUGCAAUCAGCACCGUCUUCCUCACCGUCCAGAAGGCCGUGCCGCGGCCUGCCAGAGACCAGACCGUAUUAAUAGCAAUCACCGUGGCCUUCAGCCUGGCUGCACUUUUAGCCCUCCUCAUCAUCCUUAUCGUCUUCUGCUGUAAGAGACGGAGGAAAAAGAGAACAAGGUAUCAGGAUGAAGUGAGAGCACGAUCUCUAUCUCACAGACAGCAAGCUACUUAUGCCAGGAGAGGACGGGUACGAGAGAACUUCGGAUAUAUUGAAGACACUCCCAGUGUCGAUAACCGUGAUGGGGUUUACACCAUCAGUGGCUUCCGGCAAGACAAUUACAAUAACAAUAUGCAGCUUCCUGAAGUGAACUUGAGCCGAUAUGCCGACGAUCGUUCUUACGAUGGUUAUUCCUUCGACGGGCUCCAAAAACAUAGACACUUGACUAUUGUGUAAAUUGACAGAAGAGC